CCCAUUGCGCACACACAGCCGGUGGAAUUUGUGUGUGGGCUCUGCUUGCAGAAAUGCAGAGUUAACAUAGUCGGGCACCCACUAACACUCGCGUGCCUGCAAAGCCGUCCCUGCCAGAGUCCGGCUACUGAAGCUCUGGUUUAGCCAAGGCUUUGGGAAGGCCACCUAAGCAAAGGGUGCGAUUCUCCUAGGACAGGGACUUAACAAGGGAGCAGCACUCCAGGAUACCGACCAAACCUCAGACUUUCCGAGCAGGGUGCCCAUCGCGCCCAGAUUCGCCCCCCUCUAUCUGGUUCAGCAAACCCGAUGCUGACAACUUCAACAGGCAAGAAUGCCACUAAGACGCUUCUAAAAGUGCGGAACCUACUAGAAGCGGAGAGCUGUCACUCUGAAGGUCUUCCCCGUUGGUCUCCAGCUCCACCACAGACCAUCUGAACGUUUCUGAGUCAUCCAUCUCCAUUCUUCACCAGUUAACAAGAUGAAAUAUUUCUACAAGACGCUUCCAGUCCUCUGUGUCUUCAUUGAAGGGCUCCUGGCAGGCCCAUGGAGUGCGUGGAUGCCUGAGCACAUCAGAGCCUUUGAGGGCACCUGUGUCGUCAUUCCAUGCCGCUUCAGCUACCCAGACGAGCUACGCCCUUCUGCGGUCCAUGGCAUCUGGUACUUCAACAGCCCCUACCCCAAGAACUAUCCCCCGGUGGUCUACAAGUCUCGCACAAACAUUGUCCAUGAGAGCUACAUCGGGCGAAGCCGGCUGCUGGGGGAGUUGAACUUACGCAAUUGCACCUUGCAGAUCUCUCGCCUCAGCCCUGAACUCGCAGGCAAAUAUUACUUUCGAGGGGACCUUGGUGGCUACAAUCAAUACACCUAUCCAGAACACAGUAAUCUUGAGAUCAUCAACAAACCCACCAUUGAGAGCCCUCCGGAAAUAGUGGAAGGAACCGAGGCAGAGUUGCGGUGUGUCGUGCCUGACAAUUGCCCCAACAUGAAGCCCAUUGUCACAUGGAUGAACCACGGGGCUUUGGCGGAGCAUUCCGUCUAUGCUCAAGUGGAGGAAGAGAGCAGCACCUGGUCCCUCGUCUCCCUGCUCAAGUUCCUGCCGUCCCGUGAGAACCACGGGCGCGAGGUGGGCUGCAAAGUCUCCUAUGCCAACACCACUUUUGAGUUUGACAGCGUCUCUACCCUGGAUGUAAAAUUCCCACCCCGUAUCGUGCAGGUGAACUCCUCGGUUGAGGUCAUCCAUGGUUCACAGGUUGUCCUGAUUUGCUAUGUGGACAGUAGCCCUAUGGCCCUGAUUUCAUGGCUCCGAGAAGAUGAGGUUCUCCACGAGGAUUUGGCAAAUAACCUCACCCUGUAUCUAGACAAUGUCACCCAUCUAGAAGACAGCAUCUACACCUGUGUGGCUGAGAACAUCUACGGGAGAGACAACCAUUCUCUGGCUUUGUCCGUGUUGUAUGCUCCUUGGAAACCCGUCGUGAACACAUCUGUGGUGGCCAUCGAGGGAGAGCCGGUGACCAUCCUUUGCAGCUCGCAGAGCAACCCGGAGCCCACGAUCACUAUCUUCAAGGAUAAGAAGGCCGUAGCCAUGGGGGUCUACCAGAACCAGGUGGCAUUGGAGUUUGACUCUGUGACUCAUGAGGAUGAUGGGGAAUAUUGGUGCACAGCGGAGAAUCAGUUUGGCCAAAGCAGCACAGCCUUCAAUCUCACCAUUGAAUUUGCCCCUCUUAUCCUUGCUGAUUCCAAAUGCACUGCUGCUCGGGACACCGUGAAAUGCAUCUGCGCAGCCAAAUCCAACCCAGAGGCUGUGAUCACGUUUGAGCUGCCCACCCGCAACGUGACCGUUAACGAGACUGAUCGGGAAUUUGUGUACUCGCAGAAAACGGGAUACAUUGUCACCAGCAUCCUGACGGUUCAGAGGGAGGUGGACUCCCAGCUCUUCAUUGUCUGCUCAGCCAAGAACCUCUACGGCACGAAGAAUCAGCAACUGCAGUUCCACCAUUCCAACAGUCUGAUGUGGGCAAAGGUGGGCCCUGUCGGAGCAGUGGUAGCUUUUGCUGUCCUCAUAGCUGUGGUGUGUUACGUCAGCCAGACCAGGAAAAAGAAAAACAUGAAUGAAAGCUCCAGCUUCAUGCAAACAGAAAACCCUCCCGUUGUCUUCAGUGGAGACUACAAGGGUCCGGGCAACCUGGAGAAAUCAGAGUAUGGUCGUGGUGACAAGCGACUCUUGACCAAGCGCGAGGACCUGGGCAUUGACUACGCCAACAUAGACUUCACCAAACUGUCCACCAAGGACAGCUACACCCUGACGGAGGAGCUGGCUGAAUACGCUGAGAUUCGAGUCAAGUGAGGCCUUUCCCCACACACAACUAUGGCAGCUUCCACGGACCUCCACCCUUUGGAAACAUUCUACUCUAUUGAACCCCUUAGCCCUGCCAGUGGGCCGGUUGCCCUGCUCAGCCCAUCUGAGAGGACCCACCCCUACCCUAUGCUUUUGUUGUCCUGAUGCUCACACUUUGCAAUUCUACUUUAAAUCCCACUCCCCCCUGGAUGCCAUACCGAGGAUCACUCUAAGGCAGAAUAGAUUGUUCUGCAUUAGUUCCAAACCAUUAUUUCCUCUGCUGGAUCAGGAUGGUUACAGCAUUUUUAAAAGGUUGGUUUGUUCCACUUUUACAAUGGUGGAUGGAUGUUCUGCAGGAUGUUGAGUGCCAUCUGUGUUUGUAAUGCUGUAAAGCCCUGGGAAACCCUUCUAGAUGAUCAUCAUGAUAAUGAAAUUACAGAAUCUCAAGGAAACGGAGUGAUCUUAGGUAUGCCUUCUGUAGAAUCCCACAACGGGGUGGCUUUUCUCUGUGUGCAUGUGAAUGGAUCAGAUCCUGUCCCCCAAGAACCCAGAAAACUUCCUUUUCUGGAUACAGCUCCCAGAAUCCUCCAGCCGACAUCACCCAGUAUUGGCACAACAGAGGACAAUUAACACAAGUGGUAGAUCUGGCCCCUUGGGGUCAAAAUGGCUGUUCCACAUUCUAGAUACAGCUUUUAGCAGACACUAAAUUCUGAGAAUGAAACACUUGCUUGGUAGCUCCAGUAGACCAAUGUCUCUAUUUAAGGGUGGGGAGAAGGAAACUGGGUAGAUGUGGCAUGUCAUUUAUUUACAUACAAACCAGAACAGUUCCUUACCACCCUAAUCCUCCAAAACAUCUAGGGAGUCUUUGUGAGUCUAAAAAUACCAAAUUAAAUGGAGAAAAGUGAGCUGCGGGGGGCAGCUUCAUUGUCUUUCUUUUUUCUACAGCCUCAAGCUCUGUGAGCACUGAUGCUUAAACCAGUUUUGAUCAUUCUCAUGUCUGUAAAAGAGAUGGCCACCUUACAUUGCCUAGAAGGUAGGGUCCAUUUCCAUACUGGACCAAGAGCGUUCACAAGUGACAUAUUUAUGAGGUCACAAAUGUCACUUGUGAAAGCACAUGGAGCUGCACCAAAAUGAUCCAGAACUCAAUGCAGCGCUACAGCACUUGCCCAAUUCAACCAUCCGUUCGGUCUUGCAUCACUUUUUGAAGCAUGACCUCUGCCAGUGGCAUGCUUUUCAGAAGGUAAAUGGGUUGGUAUAAAGAGCCUUCUUUUUACUUGGCUUACUCAACCCUAUGAAAACAGCAACCUGACCAGGGGCAUAUUAACAUCAACCAUCUCCCUGUUACCUUUGAAUGCAGUGGCAAAGGUGAAAUCACCCAGAGGAACCGUCAAGCCAAUCAACAAUGCUAGCUGAUGGUCACAAUCUUCUGGAGCCAGGUGUGACGAUGUUAAAGUCCUCGCCUUUGCUUAGCAAAUGUAAUCGAAUCUUUAGUUUGAAAAACCAAUAGAAAGUUAGAGGGGAAAAUACAACACCAUAACAAGAAGGUCAAGAAGUCAUGCUCAAUCUAGUGAGUUCUCCAGAACUCUGAACCCCAUGUGAAGACCUUCUAGAGAACAUUAAAAAUGUUUAUGAUGCUAUGCCAUUUUAGUUGGUCCUAAAAGAAAGGUAUUAGCAUACUGUGGCAGAGUCAGUGUGAACUAAUUUCCAGUGGUCAGGUGACGUACAAAGAUCACAAGCCAGCCCAAACCCGUCCAGCAUCCAAUUUGGACCUUUUUAGUCCAGCAGCAGGGGUAACUGUUUUUGGAGCUGGGGUUCAGCAAUUCCUGUAUACACAGAAGGGUCACUUUAGCGGAGACUGCUCCCCAUGAAGCAACCCUUUCUAGCAGGAUCAGACAUAAUCCUCUAUCACCCUCCGAUCGCACCCAGAGCCUUCCAUAAACCAGAUUAAAAAGAAUCCAGCAAAUAUUAUUCCAUCAUCACCUCAUCCCAAUUUUUCACAGCAAGCUCACAGUUUGUAACCUGGUCUCACAGAUAGGCGAGGUGGCUGGGCAAUUAUUUUUGAAGGCUUCUGGUUGACGAUGGUGGUGCUUCAGAGCCUAAUUUGCUGGCAGUAUAUCAUCCUAUGUGCAAGCAAGAGCACCUCUACGCUCAGAGAAAUCUUUGUUUCCAUUAAAGAUGGUUUAUGUAUUUAUUUAAAAUAUUUUUAACCCACCUUUCUCUUUAAAAAGGACCCAAGAGCUUACAACAAUGAAAAGACCAUAUUUAAGUUAGGAAUAAUGAGUCUACAAUACUAAAAGGAUCAAUGAAUACAAUGCCAAAAAAAAGCAUAA